AUGGCAGAAAAUGGCAAGCUACACGUAGUCAUGUUCCCAUGGCUUGCCUUUGGUCACAUGAUUCCAUACUUAGAGCUCACCAAGAUCAUAGCCCAAAAGGGUCACAAAGUUUCCUACGUUUCCACCUCUAGAAACAUUGAUCGUCUUCCAAAACUGCCUCCAAAUUUAUCACCUUUCAUAGAUUUCGUAAAACUUCCAUUACCCCAUGUCGAAAACCUGCCUGAGAACGCAGAGGCCACCAUUGACGUACCUUACAACAAGGUCAAGUACCUCAAGAUCGCCUACGAUGGCCUCAAAGAACCCAUGACUCAAUUCCUCAAAACUUCUUCUCCUGACUGUGUGUUCUAUGAUUUUGCACCCUACUGGUUGGGUUCUAUCGCAGAUGAACUCAAUGUUUCGAGUGCUUUCUUCAGCAUAUUCACCGCAGCUUGCUUGGCCUUUGCUGGGCCUGUACCGGUUCUAAAGGGCACCGAAGUUCAUCGGACGACGCCGGAGGACUUCACCGUUCCACCGAAAUGGGUGCCGUUUGAGUCAACGGUUGCGUUCCGGCUCUUCGAGAUCACGCGCAUAUUUGACAGCGUAACGGGGGACGACAACGUUUCCGACUCGUAUCGUAUUGGAACGGCCAUCGACGGCUGUGACUUUGUGGCUGUGAGGAGCUGUGAGGAAUUUGAACUGGAGUGGUUAAAGGUUGUUGAAGAGAUUCACGGCAAACCGGUUAUUCCCGUGGGUCAGCUGCCCACCACUGCUUUUGACGUCUGCGAUGACGACAAGGACGGUGCAUGGAGAGGAAUGAAAGAGUGGCUUGACAGGCAGCUUAAAGGAUCAGUGGUCUAUGUAGCAUUUGGAAGCGAGGCGAAACCGAGUCAAACCGAACUCACCGAGAUAGCUCUUGGGUUGGAGCUAUCCGAGUUACCAUUCUUCUGGGUCUUAAGAAAGCAACGUGGUUCAGCUGAUACUGAGUUGAUUGAGUUGCCUGAAGGGUUUGAAGAGCGAACGAAGGAUCGUGGGUGGGUUUGCACUAGUUGGGUGCCUCAACUCAAGAUACUUAGUCAUGACUCGGUUGGUGGGUUCUUGACUCACUCGGGCUGGAGUUCAGUGGUUGAAGCCAUACAGUUUGAGAGAGCUCUGGUUUUGCUGACUUUUUUGGCUGAUCAAGGGUUGAAUGCCAGGGUUCUUGAGGAAAAGAAGAUGGCGUAUUCAAUACCUAGAAACGAGAUUGAUGGGUCAUUCACGAGGAACUCAGUGGCCGAGUCACUGAACUUGGUGAUGGUUGAGGAAGAAGGGAAAAUUUACAAGGAAAAGGUCAAGGAGAUGAAGGAAUUAUUUGUGAACAAAGAUAGGCAAGAAGGGUACGUGAACAACUUAUUGGGCUAUCUUCAAAGCCAUAGAAGGCUCAAGAAGGAAGGCCAAAGAAUUUGA